AUGGAACCUAACAAUCAUGAGAAUGAUGGGGGUGAGUGUGAUUGGAAGCCUAGAGUUCGCAUGACAUUUGAUACAGAACAAGAAGUAUAUGAUUUCUAUAAUAGGUAUGGAGGAAGGUUGGGCUUCAGUAUUAGAAGGGGUUAUGUAAACAAGAGCAAAGAGGGGCAAAUCACUUCAAGGCAAUUUGUUUGUAAUAAGGAGGGAUUUCGGGUUGUCGACAAGCGAGAUCCAUUAACAAAAAAUCCUAGGCAGGAAGUGAGGACCGGUUGUCAAGCCCGACUUGUUAUUAAGUGGGAUAGGAAUAUACAGAAAUUCUUUGUUAGUGAUUUUGUUGAACAACAUAAUCAUAUCUUUGUACCAACAGAAUGUACGCAUAUGUUACCAUCCCAAAGGAAGAUAUCUGCAUCACAGGCAACCGAAAUAGAUUUAGCCAAAAAAUCUGGAAUCCAGCUUAAUGCUGCAUUUGAGCUCAUGGGUAAUGAAGUUGGUGGAAGGGAGUCACUUGGGUUCACAAAACUGGACCAAAAAAAUUAUUUGAGAACGAAGAGGCAAAACAGUUUAGCAUAUGGGGAGGCAGGUAGCAUUUUGCAAUAUUUUCGUGACAAAUCAUUAGAGAAUCCAUCUUUUUUUUACUCGGUCCAAUUAGAUAACGAGGAGCAGAUUACAAACAUAUUUUGGGCCGAUGCUCAGAUGAUCAUGGAUUAUGGGCAAUUUGGUGAUGUUGUGACUUUCGACACUACUUACAAGUUAAAUAGUGCACAUAGACCAUUUGCGUCUUUCGUUGGAUUUAACCAUCAUAGGGAAACUGUGAUAUUUGGUGCAGCUUUGAUGUAUGAUGAGACCGCCGAUUCUUUUGUAUGGCUUUUUAGAAGAUCUUUGGAGGCAAUGUCAAAGGUACAAGAGUUACAAGCCGAAUAUGCUCUAUGCCAAAACGUUGCCAAGGGUGAAUAUUUAAGUGAAAGAUUAUGGACAAGCUUGCAAGAUGUUUACACAAAUAAAAUUUUUGGAAGGAAUUUCAGGAUGAGUAAUGUCAAGUCCCUUGAAGUCAACAUUGAAAAAAUUGAAAAUGAUGGUGAGAGUACCGUUUAUACGGUUCUUGAUAGUGAUGGUAUAAAGGUGAGGAAGGUGAGACAGGAGUGUGAUGAUUUAGUCACUUGCAGUUGUAGGAAGUUUGAAAUGAAGGGCAUUUUGUGUAGUCAUUGUUUGAAGAUCCUUAGAGAAAGACUCAAAUUGAAAGAGAUUCCUUCACAGUAUAUUCUGAAGAGAUGGACUAAAAAAGCAAGAUCUGAAAAUGUGAAAGAUAGGUGUGGGCAUGAUAUUCAGGUUGAUGUAAGAUUGCAUCAAACUUCACGCUAUAGGUCAUUGAUGGCAAUAUUCAGAUCAGUAGCGUACAUUGAAACCAUGUUAAGCGCAAAAUUCAAUAUGCCUUGUUCAGAUACUAUUCAAGAAAGCCCCCCCGAAAGCUUUGAAGUGGAUGGUGUAGCGGAUAACAAUGUAGUUCAAGCAAAAGGACUCAAGAGAAGAGAGUGCACUAGCAAGGGACGAAGGCGGAUAAAAGGUGGUUUGGAGCUUGCGUUGGCAAAGAAAAAUAAAACAAGUUCAUAUAAUGCUUCUCAAACUUCCAUGUCUGUUACUCCUCAAACUCCUCCCUUAUUUUCGGCAAGUGCUCCUGAAGCACCUCCCUUAUUUCAUCAGUCGGCUCCUUUAUUUUCAAGUGCUCCUCAACUUCCUCCAUUCUCGCCGAGUGUUCCUCAAGUUAGAGCUUCUUCGUCUCAAUUUAUGUAUUCCGCCUAUGAUGUAAGUUAG